UGAAAUGUGUGGACGCGCACACUCUCCUCAUUCUUUUCUAGGGUUUUGCUUCUGUGAAUUUGACGAGGAAAAGUCGAUUAAUGGAUACCCUGACACAGUGCUCAGAUCUUGAGGAUCCUUUACAGGGCUACACAGGACUUGCUCUCUUUCGUCGAACCUUAUCGUCUCUCCCGAAUCAAUAUCCUCAUAAGACGUACGAUCCUGCGGAUCUCCACAGCACUCACGAAUUCCUCAAAUCCAUGCCCUUAGGAAGUUCCAGCCAGCUUCUAGAGCAGGCUAAAGCUAUAAUAGAUGGUAGUUCAGAUUGUUCAAGUGAAAUGCUCGGUCCCGUGUUAUCUAAUGAGAAUAAUGAUGUUCUGGGGAAAGAAGUGGAAACUCGCGGAGAACGAAGACCAGCCUUGGGCCGGAAGCGAGCUCGGUUCUCUUUGAAGCCAAAUUCAAGUCAGCCUACUGUGAGUUUGGAACCAAGUUUGGACAUUGAUAAGCUGGAAGAUCCAGAGGAGUUUUUUCUAGCUUUUGAAAGGCUUGAAAAUGCCAAAAAAGAGUUACAGAAACAGACAGGAAGUAUUUUGGUGGACUCAUAUCAAAACGACCCAUCUGUGGCUCCAAGGAGACGUCGACUGGGAAUUUUGGGGAGGUCUGUUAAAUACAAGCAUCGCCCAUCAACUUUUAUGGCCUCUCAGAGCACUGUUGAAAAGGACAUAUUUAUUCUCCCUGAUCAAAGCUCACAACUUUGGGAACCCGAUCCUAAUAGUGAAUCACCAGAAAGGGAAGUGCCUGGUUCAAUGAGCAAGACAGAGAACAAAGUUAAUCAAGUAUUGGACGAAUUGCUAACUGAUGAUUAUUCAGAGCUGGAUGGGGAUGAAACAGUCAAUCUGUUACAGGAGCGUUUGCAGAUCCAACCUAUUGAUAUAGAGAAAUUAAGCCUCCCUGAUUUGCAUAUCCUUAGGAGUGAUUUGAAAUCCUCACGAGGGCAUGUAGCCAAGGCUCGAAAUCCAUUGUCAGAUGUACAUAAUUUGGUUAGAGGGAUAACCAGGAAAUCCCCAUUGAAGCCUAAACUUGUGGAUAGUUUGAUUCAUUCCUCAGCUUCUCCGACUCCACCUAAAAGUCCAUUUGCCUCAAUAUCAAUGCUGAAGAAGCGCAUGCUGCAAACCAAUGUAUCAGCUGAUCCGUUUUCGCUAGAUGAAAUUGAGGGAUCACCAGCCAGAAGUGCUUUGCCUAUAGAUAGUGUUGAGAAAGAUUCCCAUAUCGUUGAUACCGGAAAGGAGUCAAGUGCCUCUGGCAAGUUAAAGUCUUUAACUAUAGAGGAUGACGCCAGCGCUGCUGAUACAAAUCCCCCUGGAGUUGCUAUUGGAGAUCUCACUCGUCCAUCUGAUGAAUUUGUAAAUGAUUGGUCAAGUGAACUUGAUUUUAUUGCCGAUGUUGGUCCUAGUGGAUCUCAUUCCAGGUUGGAUAAUGACAACAGAAGCAGUGGCAUGGAUAAUGGGGUUAUAAAUGAUAAGUUGAGUAGGGUUGAUGCUGAGAUGCAUGUCAGAAUAAGUGGAACAGAAGAGUUCAAAGGCAAAACACCGUUGCAAGACACGACGCAGGAAGCAAUGCCUUCUGCAUUACUCAAUCUCAGCAUGGACGAAAGGACCAUGGAAAGUUUCGAUAUCGCUCAGCCUCUGAUGGAUAAAAUUGAUAAAUCAGGUCCUGCUGUAGUUGAGAAGUAUCCAAGGGAUAAAACAUCCAAGUCCCCAGCCAUUGCUUCACCUGAACAUGAGGAGGGGGUAAUUCAGGAACCUUCGAGAGUUGCAGUGAAUAAGAAAACUAAAGCCAAAAAGCGUCUACAAAGAGAAUCUGAGAGCAUGAAACUUUCAAGGAGGCAAAGCCUUGCAGUUUUUGGCACAUUAUGGGAAGGAGGUAAACGGAAAAGCAACAGAAUCAGGUCAAGGCCUUUAGAAUACUGGAAAGGCGAGAGAUUUUUAUAUGGACGAAUACAUGACUCUUUGCCAACUGUGAUUGGGAGAAAGUACGUGUCGCCGGCAAAGGGUGGUGGGAAACCUACUGUCAGGGUGGAGUCUUUUGUGUCCGAGAAGUACAAAGAUCUGCUUGAUCUAGCUGCUCAGUGUUGAGUUGACUGCAGUGAGGUGUUUAUGGCUCAAGUGGCAUGCCAACCCGUGCAAUGAAUGGGGGGUAUACUCUGCUUUCGUUUCUUAGUUUUUACUUUCCCUUGGUUUGGGGGAAACCCAACAACUUGAUACUUAAUUUGGAUCUUUGUUAACGUAGGUUGGUUUCAUUGCAAAUACAGGAAAUUUGUUGAUAGAACAUUAGGUAGUCGGAUUAUCCAUUAUCCAAACCCGUUUAGAUAUUACCCGAAUAACAGGUAAACGAGCUAGUCCGAGGUAUAUAACGGGUCGGAUUUGGGUUCGACCCGAAAAACCUGCAACUGCUCUUUAUGUGUUAA